AAUUAAGUUCAAAAAAGCUGAAAUUGAGUGCGGAAAGGUUAUAUUCAAUUGCAUUUAUAUUAUUAACGAAUAAUCACAUGAUUUUCUCAGGCAAUUUGAAAUAAGAGGACUCGUACAUUUUUCAGACUUUUGAUUUUUUUUAAUUAAUUAAAAUGUUCUCUGGUUGAAAAUUUAGCUUCCAAUAAGAUUUCGGUUGCCAAACUACAGCCCCUGAUGAAUGAUAAAAAGACGCGAAUGAAUGAAUGUAUACAGCGAAAAGUGUGAAAAAUACAAAAUAAAACGGAAAUUUGGACAAUGAAAACAUGCUAAUUUAAAAGAAUGUUAUACUGUCUUGGCAGCGGUCUAGAAUUAUAGUCCGCUUCAUUCAUGGUAGUGCGUCGUGACUCGAGAGUUUUUCGCACACGGUAAUCGACUUUGUCAAUUACUUUGGUGUUGUCAAAGUCGAUUUGAUGGUCGUUCAACCAUACAUGGUUUGAAUCGUUAGAGCCUUCAGUCGCAAUGCUUGACAUUUUCUGACAUGUUCUUUUUUUCGCGUUUAGAGGCAUCUGCUUGUUUCUCCAAUGCAACUUCAAAUGCAGUCACUUCAAUGCAAACUGAAAAGUGUGAAUCUGAACGACCAGGGCAAAAAUAUUUUUUGCCCUGAUUGGCCUGAAAGCCUGCAUUUUUAUCCAAAAGGGCCACCAAAAUAAUAACGAUAACGAUUCUGUUAAUCAACAGGAUAUUCCAUGCCUGCUAACAUGACGAGUAAUGCCACAGAAGCGCCUCCUGAGGGAUUCCAGGUGCCGCGCAACAUUCAGAUCGGAGUCACAAUCCUUGCCGUCAUUCUUUUCAUCCUGGCAAUGAUCGGUAAUACUCUGGUGAUUUACAUCGUCUUCACAGUAAACCACAUGCGCAGCUCAACAAACACUCUCAUCGCCAACAUGGCCUUUGCCGAUCUUCUCAUGACCAUAGAUAUUCCGUACAUACUCAAAUGGUUCUACGUGAUGAGCAGUUGGUUUGGCACGUUCAUGGGCACUGUGUUAUGCAAGUUCUUUCACGCUGCUCAGGUGGGAUCCCUUGCAGCCUCAGUGUUCAGUCUAGUGGCGAUUUCCCUCGAUCGCAGUUUUGCUAUCCUAUUUCCCAUGAAAAAAGUAAUGACUCGAAACGUUGUGCGUUUCGCGAUCGCCAUGACGUGGCUAGGUGCGCUGGCGUUAAUGCUCCCACUUAUGAUAGCCACCAAGAAUAUACAGCUGGAGGGAGGGGAUGGUAUGAUUUGCCAAGAGUAUUGGCCACCGAUGUCAACAAAAGUCUACAUCACAGUUCUUUUCGUUACUGCUUACGUCAUUCCACUAAAAAUCAUCGCUUUAGUCUACUGUCUGGCUGGGUUACGUCUUUACGGCAGAAGGCUCCCAGGACAUCAAAAUCCGACAGCACAGAAAAAAGUCCAAGUCUCGAGCAGACGCGCGACCACAAUGUUGAUAACAGUGGCUGUCAUUUUCACUCUGUCGUGGCUUCCGUUUCAGGCUCUGGAGAUGAUAAAAGUUUACAAGGCUACCCUUUUCUACAAGAUUCCCAAGAAAGUCCGUUUUGUCAUCCCGUGGUUUGGUUAUUGUAACAGCGCUAUUAAUCCAAUUCUUUAUAUCAUAUUCUCAGGGAAUUAUCGCCGCGAGUUCUAUCGAAUUCUCUGCAGGGGGACAAGUCAGCAAAGCCGUUCUAAGGUGGCUGUUGUCGGUGGAUGUACUUCGCGUCAAAGAGGACAUUGUGCCAAUGAAGAAACAAGCAACGUUGAGUGGGACACUCAUCUUUAACCAGAUUGUGCCAAGAGCCCUGAGCUGGUAAAAGCAAACAGAGAGGCCUACCGACAGAACGAAAGACAGACUGGCAGGCAGGCAAGCAGGGCACAGGGCAUUUUAUUUUUUAUUUGGAAAACACUGUGAAAAGACUCGCCGUAUCUAUAUAGUUCAACUUAUGAUCCAAAUACACUCUGCAAAGUGACAAAAGUAAUUCAACGAAGUCAAAUAUCCCAUUAUAACUUGUACACGGGCUAUGAGUAGGUCAGUAAGGGGCUAAAGCAAGAUAUGUGAUACACUUGGAUAUUACCUAAAUCACAUUGUAAUAAACAGGGCAUUGUGACAAUGUUAGAGAAUGUUUUAUUUAUCUUUGCAGUCAAGCAUUGCAGUGAUAUUUGCUGUUCUUUAUUCUACAUCUCGAAGCCUAAAAUUGUUUACCUAUUGUCUUUUGUUAAACAUAACAAAAAAUAGUCGCUAAUCUAUAAAACUCUGUUUUUAAUGCUUCAUUGUUACAUCUUACGCCAGUUCUCUCGAUGUGGUCGUAUGAAGACAAAGUGGGUAGCCCGCCUUACCCCGCCCCCAAGAGGCCCCCCUCAUUCUCAGUGGCCGGUCACGAUUAAAGAUAUAUUGGUAUCCGUUCAACACUGUUGAAUCUCUUUAGAUUCGAUGACUGCGUGCGAGGGAGUGAUUAGUGAGUGACGUACGAUGAAUCAGUUAGCUCGUAACAAACAAUACCUGAACGCCUGGGAAAUCCUUGAAAACAAGUGAGAUUAAAAAGUAUACGAAAAACUCGAGGUUUCUGAAAUAAGAUUGGGCUUACUAAAUUUUGCCAUGCUUUUUUUUUAACCUUUCAUCGAGUUAGCUCCAAUUGUUUAAUGACUAUGUUAGGCUCACACGCCUGGAACAGAUGACUUACCAGUAAACCAGUGUUACGUGCAUAGGCGACAUCUUUCGACAAUCUUUCGACAUGCAGUGUAAACGACUGAAAGAAUGAACACGACGGUAAACCAAGGUAAGUAAAAUGCAAGACAAAAAGAGUUUUCUCUUUCUCUUCCCUUUACUUGCAACCAAAGUGAAAGCACUAGUAGUUGGUGUGCAAUUAGGAGGAGUGUACAAGUUUUUCUACUCAUCGACCACUGAUAUUCCAGUGUACGUGUAUAAGAGAUAGCUCCGGUUGAGCUGAUCUAUUAUUAUUACUGUACUGGCUGUGACGGGACCGCGGGUUAGAGACGCCAUGGGCCAUUGAAGUGUCUGUCGUGUGUGUUAUGUGCAGAGCUCGUCAGAGCUUAUUGAAAAUAAAAAAAAAACUCUCAAACAAAAUCAAACCUUUGAGGAAGGAGUCAAGUUAACUUGGCAUGUGCAUGAGCCCGCGAUCCAAUCGAAAACCAGCA